AUGCAAACUGCGGUCAAACCCCGCUUCGCGUUUGCCGCAACCCUGAUAAUGGUCUCUUGGCUCGGGUAUUGGCGGGUGAACUCGAGGAUCCUGCUGCAAGUGAGUGAAGACCUACGAACUUCGAGCCUCGACGAACCACUCAGUCCAGAAGAUCAGGAAUUCCUUGGCAACACCCCCAAUACGACGACACACGGUCAGCUAUUAUUUAUCGAGGAAGUUGCGCCCAACACGACACUGGCGCCACCCGAAACAACAAUCCCGCCAGCAGUGACUAUACCCAAAGAUCUGACGGCAGAUCUCCCACCGUGGCUGCAGGAAUAUGCCCAGUGGCAUCGACAACAACGUGCUCGAAUCAAUGAACACAACUGGAAGUCCAAACGCAACAAUUAUCUCAUUGUCACUGCCAGACGAGGUCAGCAAGCCGGAGGAUUGACCGAUCGAUUGAAACCCCUUCCUCAUUUCCUCAAAUUGGCGGCCAAAACCAAUCGAAUCUUGUUGAUUUACUGGAACAAACCCUUUUCAUUGGAGCAUUAUCUGUUGCCACCCGACGGUGGAUUGGAUUGGCGUGUUCCCUUUUAUAUGGUGGAGGAAAUUGUUGUCAAAUCCAGAAUCACCGCACGACAAGAAGAUAUUCGAAGCAAGGCACACAACAAAAGGUUCCAAAUCGUCGCCACGGGAAUGCAAGCACCCGACUAUGGUCAAGACUGGUAUGAUGCAACCCCCUUGGAGGGCGAUGAACUGCCUCAAUACAAUCGCAUUGCCAUUUUUCGACACAUGUGGUACUGGGCAUUCACUCCAUCCCCUCCCAUUGCACAGCGUGUCAAGGACAAUUUUGACAGACUGGGACUUGUUCCGGGAGAAUAUGCUUCGGCUCAUAUCCGGGCGGUGUAUGCCGUCAAGGAACGACCCGAGUGGAAAUACAUUCACAUGGCACAGCAUGCCAUGAAUUGUAUUUCCAUGUUGCGACCGGGCGGCCCUUUCUUUGUGGCCUCGGACACUGCCUUUGUCGUCCAAGAAGCCAUCAAGUAUGGACGCAGGAAAAAUGUCACGGUAGUGGCAACUACCAACAAUGGAGCCUACCAAAAACAACCCCUUCAUUUGGACAUGUACAAUGCCAGUGAUCUGUCGCUUGUGCCAGAAGACUUUUACGAUGCCUUUGUGAUUUGUACCUUUGUGGGGUACUCGAUGUGUGGCACAUGGACAUGGUAG